CGGAAUUUCAAACGGUUUUACAGCGGUGAACGGUGUAUUUGUGUUGGAUUGAACCGCUUCAGCUUUUUGGCAAGAUUCCCUCGGGCGCGCUCGUUACAUAAAAUGAACGUCGCACUGCGUGCGCCACAAAAAGCGGUACGAUCGAAGUGGUGAGUGAGAGUCGGGUGUCACGGUUGGAGUAUGCUAUGAUAUACGACGAGACAGUGGAGGUGAACGCGACAGAGAUUGAGAGCCCGGAGAGUUCUGACGGGGAGGAAGUAUUGAAGGCGGCGAUGUCCAAGUUUAACCCCCCCGUGCGGCACACCGCGAGACACGACUUCGACUCCGAGAGCGAGACGGAGUCUGAAGCGGAGAACUUCAUGAGAAAUGUUUCUGGAGAAGAUCAGCGUUUUAAUUUUCAGUCGCCGGACCGAAGACCUGAGAAGUUUCCCCUGGAGAAGCCUCAGGACUUGCCGAGGCAGACUUCUAAGGAGAACGCUAGAGAGAGGGCUCGAUCAGCUAAAAAGCGCGUUGAAUCAUCUAACUCUGAGACAGACAGCGCAGAUCUGGAGGUGGAUCGUCCAGAGCCGGCGUCAGGCAGCGGCCGCAAGCGCACCUCCGGCGUGGUCAUCCCGGCGGAGGGGGCCUACGACCCCAAGCACUUCCAGGACCUGAAGGUGCCUACGGACAUUGAGAACCUGUUCCAGUACAUCAUGAAAUACACACCCCAGAAGAUCGACAUAGACUUCAAGCUCCAACCAUUUGUCCCAGAGUACGUCCCAGCGGUGGGCGACAUCGACGCGUUUAUCAAAGUGUCCACGCCCGCCUGCAACAUGCGCGCGCAGCCGCUCGCCGAGCAUGUGCUCGAGCACAUCGACAACUUGGGCCUGACGGUCCUGGACGAGCCGGCGACGGAACAGAGCGACUCCGCGCUGUUACACCUGCAACUACGAGCUAUAUCCAAGACCAACAGCGGUAAAUCCACCGUCUUGACGAAGAAGAUAGAAAACGCGGAGAAGAACUCGAAGGCGAUAGACAGGUGGAUAAAGGAUGUCAGCGAGCUGCAUCUGUCUAAACCGGCGCCUACCGUCUCUUACACGAGCAAAAUGCCGGACAUAGACAGCCUAAUGGAAGAAUGGCCAGAGACAAUAGAAGAAACUUUGAAUGAAGUCGGCUUCCCGCCUGGCAACCUCGACUGCUCACUGUCACAAUACGUUGACAUAGUCUGUGGCAUGUUUGACGUUCCUAUAGCAGGGGAUACUCUCAACGAUCGGAUACAAGCGCUUCAUUUAUUAUUCAGCCUCUAUUCUGCAGUGAAGAACUCGCAGUUAUAUGAGGAGCGCCAGGAGAAAAGUGAAGCUAAUGUCUAGUGUGUAAGGUAGAAUAAGUGACAAGCAAGAAAUAAAAUAUUAUAGUUUUAAAUGUUGUACUGUUUGUCUCUUGCAUCAUCAUCAUCAUCAGCCCAUUAACGUCCCCACUGCUGGGGCACGGGCCUUCCCUAUGGAUGGAUAGGGAGAUCGGGCCUUAAACCAUCACGCGGGCCCAGUGCGGAUUGAUGGUUAUUAACGACUGCUAAUGCAGCCGGGACCAACGGCUUAACGUGCCUUCCGAAGCCCGGAGGAGCUCGAGAUGAAAACUUUUUUUUGUGGUCACCCAUCCUAUGACCGGCCUUUGCGAAAGUUGCUUAACUUCAACAAUCGCAGACCGAGUGCGUUUACCGCUGCGC